UAACAACAGAUUCCGGAUGUGUUUUAAACAAAUCUUAUUCGCUUAAAGUUACAUAAAAAGCAAUUCACCAAGAUUGGACAAUGACUGCGAAUCAUGUACGAAAGCGUCGAAAAGGAGGGUCAGCAGAAAGAUAACGAAACAUUCAUCAAAAACAAUCGAUCCCAAAACGUGGAGGAUGCAGCUCCAAACUGGAGUAGUUACAAACUGAUUCUUGAUCCGAUUUUGACCAGUGAAAGUCAAAAACUGUACCGCUAUGAUGGACGACACUUCAGCGCACCCCACCCUGGAUGUUUUCCCGUGGAUGUUGUACGAGAUCCCAGAAUUGCUCGUUUUUUGAGUAAAUUCAAAGAAGUAGAUCUUACAGUUUCGAAAUUCAAGGUUGAUGAGUAUUAUGUUGGCUCGCCAAAGGAGUUGACAUUCACAAGGCUCAAUGACAACAUUAGAGAUGGUUUCCUAUUCGACAUGUGUAAACAAUUUGGAGAAGUUCAAGAGUUGAACGUUUUGUACAAUCCAAAGAACACAAAGCAUUUGGGAAUAGCGAAGGUCAUUUUUGAAUCUGUAAAGGCAGCAAAAUACGCGGUGCAAAAGCUUCAUAACACUUCUGUGAUGGGAAAUAACAUUCAUGUGGAGUUUGACCCCAAAGGCUUAAAGCGAAAGCGAUACUUCCAAAUGCUUGUUAGUGGUUUAUACACCCCAUUUACUCUCCCUGUUGGAGAUGAAGCCUGGGGUCCCCAGUCACCAUCCUCAAUCACCGACUGCUUCACUGAGUGUGAACCACUAAAGAAGCUGUCUUAUGCCUUCUUGUCAUCAUCGUCCUCAAUAUUUAAUGGUUCUCCCUCACUGGAUUGUUCUACUCCUUUAUCCAUGGACACCGCCUACUCCAGUAUGCAUCAGGACACACCCAGUAGCUUCUGGCAGACCCCUCAAUACCAAGAGACUCCUUGCACCCCUUCUCUGACCAACAGCAGGCCGGGCACUCCAUCCCAGUGUGAUAGAACCCAAAAUGAGGCUUUACAGACAAUCCCCAAUGCCUCGUCUAGUCGCCAGUCCAUCCCAAACAUCUCACAGCUUCAGUCUGCCCAACUUCAGUCCAUCUCAGAUAAACCUAGCAUUAUACAAGGUGCUGUACAAAACUUUUGGAUACACAGUGGACUUAAAAAUGGAUGUUUCCCGAAUACACAAAGAACUCCAGGAAACAAUUCUCACGUGCGUAGAGGUCACCGGGGCAGAUCUCUUGGGAGGAAAUACCAAAAUGCAUACAAUCGUAGGCCAGAGCAUCACUAUAUACAUAGACCUGUAUAUAGGGGAUUUCAUAAUCGCUCUGGAUCUUCAUCCAGUCAUGUGCCUCCCAGUAAAUUUCAGGAACAUCCAAAGUCAGAUAAGCUCAAAUCCAUCACCCAAUAUACACAUUAUAAAAACAAACAUGAUGUAUGUUUAAGCCCAAACUUUACUGGGUCGGUCAAGAACCGCAGUGUUAUUCACACAUCGUUUUUUGAAGAUACUCUUUUAGAAACACUGCCUCAAAACACCAUUGGAGUAGACGUUCAUGACUUUCGUCCAAAUAUGCACAAUAAUGCAGAAAAUAAUUUACGUGAAAUUCUUUCCCAAGGACCUUGUAAGACAAUCCAAGAGGUGGACCACAAUCGUUGUGAAAACAAUUUACAGCAAGAUCAGUUUUCUCGCUCAUAUACCCUGGAAAAGUGCCUCUCAUCUGAAACCAUACAGGAUAAAUCAGACCCCACUCGUCCUGAGUCUCCCUCUCCGGACGUUAAGCCCAACAGCCUUGACUCUCGUAUUCAAAUGCUUCUUAGUGCCAGAAGUCCUGUUCUGCCCAUCCUUAGCCAAGAGUGUUCAGACUCAGAAACUACAGCUGAAGACCACAACAUAGAUUCUGUCUUUCAACCACAGCUCUCUUCGAAAGCCUCCAGCUCCUCAAAUCCUGAGCCGGAUGAUGUAUUAAACUGUGACAAGAAUAAUGCAGUUAAUGUUGGCUCACAUUCAAGAGACAGUUUUCCUGAAUCUGGUAUUGAAGAUGUGAGUCCUACUCCACUUCCUAACCUGGAAGAAGAGGAACAUGAACAUCAGUCAGCCCAGAGGUCCUCCAGCAGCAUCACUGUCAACCUCACCUCAAAUGAAGAUGACAACACUUCAGAUGAACCGUCUACUAUACCAGUGAUCUGUAGCAACAGAAGCUAUGUGUCUUCAAUUUCUUCUCAAAUAGCCCCACCAGCAGUGCUUACACCACCACCUACACACUUUCCCUCCCUUUCUUCUAACAUACCCUCAAACCUCCCACUUCCUCCUCCAGUGUCUCUAUUGAUACCUGCAUAUCCUCCACCAAAAGUCAAGCAAGUUUGUAGGCCACCAAACUGGAGGAGUCCAAUGGCUCUUCCCAUACCUACUAGAAUAACACAAGGACAAGCAUCAAUCUCUCCCGCCUUCCCCCCUCCUCCCUUUAAUUUCGUAACUCAUUGCCCGCCUUACCCUUCACCUAGAUGUUCAUCUACCAUGUUGAGGUACAGACCACCUUGGCCCCUGCACCCCAUGCCCAGAUUCAAUCCCUCCGUUCCCCCACCAGGUUAUAUGCCUUUGAAAGAAUCUCUCAGUAAGACUACUGUAGAUGGAGUUCUGGCUGUCAUCGCUUCUGAGCUGCGGGCUAUUGUAAAGAAAGACAUAUAUCGCAGGAUGAUUGAGCUUGUGGCCUUUAAAGCAUUUGAUCAUUGGUGGGAUGACAAAGAACAGGCAGCAAAGGUAUCUGCCACAUCUGUUACUAUUAAAACUGGAGGAAAUAAAGAAAACAAACCUAAAGGGAUAGAGAAGUGCUUGAAAAUUGGGACUGCAGGUUGUGAAGGCACUGUACUGAGCACAGGAAAAAUAUUAAGCCAGCAUGGUGCCAUUAAACUACCUUCUUUUAAGAGGAAGAAUCAAAUCGAUCAGGACUCCAGUGAGGUCAAAAGGAUCUGUCCUAUACCAAGUCCUGACCAUUCUGAUGAUGAAGGACCAGAGCAGAAAACAGCCAUCGUGAAUGAUGGAGAAAACAAGGACAGUGAAGAUGCCCUGGUUAAACGCAGACAUUGCAGACCUCUGGUGUUAGAUAGUGAUGAUGAAGAAGAUGAAGAGAAUUCUCAGAAAGUGGAAGAUCCAAAAUCUGAGGCUGUUCAGAUGUCUGAUCAGGAGAGGAAAGCUGAUGAAUUAAAUGAAGAUAAGGAAACUAUCAGGGAAGAUGAAGAUUACUCAGAUACAGAUGUUGUCAGCAACACAAGUUUAGGCUCCCCUGCAUCUCAGAGCCAAGGAUAUGACUCCUUAGUAUCUCCCAGGAAUGUCUCUGACUCUCCCUCUGUAAAUGGCUCCUCAGAAUCCUCUAGAUCUUUCUGUGAAUCCACAGAUGAUAGAAGUGAAGACUUCUCAGACUCUCUAUCUUAUGAGGAGGACGAUCAGCUGGAUGGUGAAAGUUCUUCACCCGAAAGUCAACAAGUUAACAACAGAAGUGUGCCAGAAGUGAUAUGGAUAUCAUCAGAUGAGGAUGAUAAUGACAACAGGGAGAUGAUGGACACUCCGGUUUACUCAUCUUUCACGCACUGGGAGGAAGAUCUCCAACCCCCUGUGACUCCAUCUGCUCCAUUUUCUGUUGAAAGUGACGUGGACCACACAUGGCUGGAUUUAGAUUCAAGAAUAGCAGAAAAUCCAGAGGAGGAACUGAGUGUUAGAGUUUACAUGCAAGGUCUAAAGCUGCCUGAGCCUCUCCGAUACACAUUCCAGGACCCAGUAAAACAGUGUUUGACAAACAGAUUUAAAGUACCUGAUCCGGUGAUAUUCUUCUCAGAUCAUGAGCCCGGGCUGCCGAGUCCACCGUCUCCUUCAUACAGAGAAUUAUCAGAUGAUUUGGAGACCCAAAAUUCUACAGAUUCCGAAGACCAAGGAAUUAUUAUUACAGAAACAGCUGAGGAUUCUCCGAAUCUCAGACCCAUCACACCCACCGGCUCUGUGUCCGACAGCGAAAUGGAGCUAGGACGUAGAUUUUCGCCUCCUGCUGUCGAGGUGGAUGAGCUCCCGCCCACACCCGGCGGAUGUCUGGAGAAUGACGAGCUGGAAGACCAUCUUCUACCUCCAGGUCCACCUACACCUCUACCUCUUCCUCCUUCUCCAACAGGCACCUUGUAUGAUUGUCCCCCUCUUGCUUUAUCAUAUCCCGUGUAUGAGGAAAGACCAAAAACCCCUGGCAGGAUGAAUGGUCCUGCCCAAAUCUAUGACUCGGAGGGGAUGACGUCUUCUCGAUUUAGAAUCUGUAACUUGUUAUGUUUCCCUAACACAUCUCCAUGUGCUGAUAGUGAGAUCCCCAGGACACCAGGGAGAGAUAUGACUCCAUCUCCACCUGUCGUAAACUAUAGGGACCUGUGGGCCGAUCGGCACCCACCCAGCCAAGAACUCGUCCAUAUGUGGGCUGGUGGACGCCGUCCUCGCUCACCAGAUCAUCAGAAUUUUAAUCUCGAUAUAGAUGGUCAUUCCAAUCAUCAAGUAUCGGCCGCGUUGGACGCAUCACGCUUAAAAAGACGCAAAGAGCGGAUUAAAAUGAAAAGAAGAAGGAUUGAAAUGCAAAGGACUAAACAAUUUAGCACUGCAAAUGAGUGUUCAUUGGUACACGUGGAAGAUGUAACGACAAAAUCAUCUUCAAAUCAAAUUUUAAGGCCUUCCAAUCACAUAUCUGAUAUACCUCGGAGGUUAGAUGACAGUUCUAACCCGAGAGUGUUGGAGAAACCAAGACCUCAAGAGUCAUCCUACCCGUGGAGAACGUGGAGAGAAUCGAGGCCGCAAAUCUCCAUGUUCUCUCCACGCUCAAAGAGAAAAGAGAAAUUGCUCAUCCGUGCUGUCUGGACUAAAGGCGUGAAUGAGGAGGAAAUAAGACAUCUGAAGGCCACCUAUGAGAAGCUUUUGCUCCAGAAUAAUGAUCGUGAUUGGCUUCCCGAGACACGUUGGAUUGCACAUCCUCCAACCAGCAUUCCCGACGACAUGGCAAGACGAUGGCUGGACGGGGUCCGGAAUCACAUGACAGGUUGUGCACGCAGCGAGGGUUACUACUACAUCAGCAAGAGGCAAAAACUGCGAUAUAUCAGUGAUGCACACUCUUCUUCAGAGGAGUUUACUGUAGACGCUCAGGCAAAGAGCGCAACUGCACAGAUUCCACCUUCUUCCAGAUCAGGCUCAGAACUUAGGGCGGAACAACGCCGGCUGUUGUCCUCCUUCAGCUGCGAUAGUGACCUUCUUAAGUUCAACCAACUCAAGUUCCGGAAGAAGAAGCUACGUUUCGGUAAGAGUCGUAUCCAUGACUGGGGGAUGUUUGCAGAGGAACCGAUAGCCGCAGAUGAAAUGAUAAUUGAAUAUGUAGGCCAAAGUAUUCGACAGGUAAUAGCAGACAUGCGUGAAAGUCGCUAUGAAAAAGAGGGAAUUGGAAGCAGCUAUCUGUUCCGGGUCGACCAGGACACGAUCAUUGAUGCAACAAAGUGCGGUAACCUGGCACGGUUCAUCAAUCACAGUUGCAAUCCAAACUGCUAUGCAAAGGUCAUCACAGUAGAAGCUCAAAAGAAGAUUGUCAUUUAUUCCCGACAACCUAUUGGUGUGAAUGAAGAAAUCACUUACGAUUACAAAUUUCCUAUUGAAGAUGAGAAGAUCCCUUGCCUCUGUGGUGCAGAGAACUGCAGAGGGACACUCAACUAAAAACGGACUCAUCUCACAGACUUAAGGUAUUAGCAGUAAACAAGAUUCAUAGUUAAAAUAAACAGACUCUUAUAUUUGAAGCACAAACCCCUGUUCAGUAUGUAAGUAUGUAGGAUUUAUUAACAUUAACACAUUCAUGUCAUCCCCAGUUUUAUAUGUAGAUUUGGCAACAUUUUGUUUCAAGCAGGCUUUUCGGGCAUUUUGAUGAGUUUCUGGUUUAACAUAUUCAUCAUGCAUAUUGUUUGAAAGAUUAAAUCAUACAGGAUCAUAGAAAAUGAACCAUGGUUUUAUUAUAAUAAACAUGGAAACCAGUUGUUGGAUUGGUUACCAUUUGUGUUACCAAAUUUGAACUGCAAACUACAUGCUGAAACUAGCUACUUGUAGUGAGACUGAGGGAAAUAUGCGAGUAAUAGGGUUUUGCUAAAAAUAAAACAUGAUUAUUGUAGGAAAAACCUGGUUUAAUUUGUAAUUUCAGUCAAAUAUGUUUUUAUGAAUUUAUUGUGAAUUAUAAAUAAAAAAAUCUAUAUUUUUUCAAUAAACUGUUAUUUACUGUCCACUUAGAAAAUGCAAAGAAUGUAUUUUAUUAAUACUGUAUGUUUUAAUUGCUUGUAUAUAUUUAGAAAGGACAUUAUAGGAAAGACGUUCUAUAUGUCAAUACUUUUAGCAAACAAAUGCAAUGGGGGGAAAAGGCUUGGAGAAUGCGGGCAUCGAUCCCGCUACCUCUCGCAUGCUAAGCGAGCGCUCUACCAUCUGAGCUAAUUCCCCACUGUGGGUCAUAGGCACAAGGCUACUGAAAAAUAUCUGGCACCUACUUAGAGGCUCUACUUCACCAAAAAAUUCUGUCAUGACUUUCUCACCUUAUAGUUGUUCCAAAUCUGUAUACAUUUCUUUGUUCUGAUGAACACAGAGAAAGAUAUUUGGAAGAAUGUUUAUAACCAAACAGAUCUUGCCCCCCAUUGACUCUCAUAGUAGGAAAAAUGACACUAUUGUUGUUUUUGUUCUGUUGAAUACAAAAUAAGACAUUUUUAAGAAUGUAGGAUAGCAAACAGUUCUGGGGCACUUUUGACUAUAAUUUGUAUUUUUUUCCUACUAUGGUAGUAAAUGGGGGAUCUGUUGGUAAAUUAUGAAAGCAUUUUCAUUUUUGGAUGAAGG